AUCAGCCUUCUUACUAAUAGCCUAAUUUUAGCUCCACCCCUUAUCUUAUCCAGUAUCAAUAGUGAAGUACAUCAUAAUUGCCAUAGCUUUCCACCAACUCCAGAAACACACAGAUUGCUGAUAAUGGAAAAAGGAUUGUCACCCCCUCCAUAUCCUGGACCACCAAUGGCCCAAAACUACAUUUCCUACCAGACACCACAGGUUGCCUGUCAAACCCAACCAGUUCCAGUGGCCACUGUAUACAGUCCACCACCCACACAGACAGUCAUGGGAUCCAGCAUAACCCAAACAGUCCAGUCACCUGGCAUUGUUUACCCAGCUCCAUUUGCACAAGGGCCAGUCAUGUCUUCAUCCACCAUAACUCAGACAGUCCAGUCUUCAUCAAUGCCUGGCAUCGUUCACUACCCACAGCCCACGGUCAUGUCGUCCACUGUAACUCAGAUGGUCCAGUCUACUGCACCUGCCCUGGCCACAGUGGUAGUUAUGCCACCACAACUGACUAACGUCCCGGGGCAGAUGAAAUGUCCUCACUGCCAGCAGCAGGUCGUCACAGAGACCACAUAUGUCAGUGGCCUGCUGGUGUGGGCCAUCUGUGGAGGUCUUGGCAUUUUAGGGAACUGCCCACUUAGAGAAGGGACCGGGGAUUUUAUUUUUAUGUGCCACUUACAACUAACCUGUUGUGCAGAAGUGCAGGUUAUUUCACAUGCACGCCUCAAAGCGAAGAGUUAUUUUUGUGAUUAUGUAGUUGCUGAGUGAAUUGAAUGAAUGAACCACUAACCAAAUAAAGUAUAUGAAACUAAUAUAAG